CAGAUUGAACACAAAAAACCCUAAAUAGUUCCAACUAAAAUCGAUUACUCCGAUCACGAUUCUAACCCUAUUCAUUAUCAUCACCAUCAUGUCAGAGGAUGAAAUUGCGAUACAAGCAAUAAAACAUGCUUUGAAGGCUCUUCGAAAGCGGCAUUUGUUGGAGGAGGGAGCUCAUGGGCCUGCUUUUGUAGCUCUUUCUAAACCUAUUGCAUCUCAGGGUUCAGAAUGGAAGGACAAGGCAGAAACUCUUGAGUUGGAACUUCAGCAAUGUUAUAAAGCUCAAGCUCGAUUAUCUGAGCAGCUUGUGGUUGAAGUUGCCGAGUCUAGAGCUGCAAAAGCUUUAGUUCAAGAGAAAGAAGCCUUAAUUCCUAGUCUUGAGAACGAUCUUUCUCAAGCAAGGGAUGAAUGUUCGCGCUUGAUAGCACUUUUAGAUGAAAAGACUAAAGCCCUAGAAUUGCUUAUGGAUGAAAAUAAAGAGCUCAGAUCCCAAUAUGAGGAGAUGAGAGCUAGAGCUAUCAAUGCAGAGGCUGAAAACAAGACAUUGGUUGAUCGUUGGAUGUUGCAGAAAAUGCAGGAUGCUGAGCGCCUUAACGAGGCCAAUGCUUUAUAUGAAGACAUGCUUGGUAAGCUCAAAGCCAGUGGUCUGGAGCAACUUGCUCGGCAGCAAGUGGAUGGUGUGGUCCGCCAAAGUGAAGAAGGUGCCGAGUACUACGUAGAAUCAACAAUACCGAAAACAUGCAACCAUAGGAUCACGGCUCAUGAGGGAGGUUGUGCCUCUAUAGUUUUCGAAAACAGUUCCGGUAAAUUGGUCAGUGGGGGGCAGGACCAGACUGUUAAAAUGUGGGACACAACCACAGGUCAGCUAACUCGAACCUACAAUGGUUGUUUGGGAUCUAUCCUUGAUCUCAGCAUCACCCAUGAUAACAGAUGCGUAAUUGCAGCAAGUAGCUCAAAUAAUCUAUAUGUAUGGGAUGCAAAUUCAGGCCGAGUCCGCCAUACUCUCACGGGACAUGUAGAUAAAGUAUGUGCUGUAKAUGUGAGCAGAUUCUCGAGCCGCCAUGUUGCCAGUUCAGCUUAUGACCGAACCAUCAAAGUAUGGGAUCUCAAUAAAGGUUACUGUAUUAACACAAUCAUUUUCCCAAGUAACUGCAAUGCCCUAUCUUUCAGCCCAGAUGGGCAGACUAUUUGUUCAGGUCAUGUUGAUGGGCACCUACGGUUAUGGGAUAUACAGACAGGAAAACUACUCAGUGAGGUUGCUGCACAUUCUUCUGCUGUGACCUCUAUCUCUCUGUCCAGAAAUGGUAAUACAAUACUUACAAGUGGGAGAGAUAASUUGCAUAAUUUAUUUGAUACAAGGACSCUUGAAGUWUGGGGGACAUUAAMAGCAAGUGGGAAUAGAGUUGCAUCUAAUUGGAGUAGAUCUUGUAUCAGUGCCGAUGACAAUUAUGUUGCUGCUGGAUCUGUCAAUGGUUCAGUCCAUGUCUGGUCAAUAUCUAGUGCGAACAUAGUGAGCACUCUCAAGGAACACACAGCUUCAGUAUUAUGUUGUUCUUGGAGUGGUCUUGGAAARCCUCUAGCUACAUCAGAUAAGAAUGGAAUCAUUUGUAUGUGGACAUGAUGGAUACCAUAGUUCAACCUCUUGUGACAUGCUAUCAUGUAGGAUUAAUUGGUGUGUGCUGUGCUUGUCUAUGCUGGUGAUCAAAUUAGUUUGUACAGAUAUGUUACUAUCAAUUCAUUUCAUGSAUGUGUUGUGUGAACAAGUUGACUGCUGGAGUUGAAUASUAGCUCCAGUCCCCUCAUAUUUYAGUAAUUUCAAAUUUGGGUUCCCCUAUUUAUUUUUAUGUUCAUGACUUUGACUCGAUCCAAAGACUACUACAGUUUGAAACCAGGUUCUGGAAUGGUUGGAUCUUAAGUGCUAAGUUGUUGCCUCCAAAUUCCAUACUCAUUUCAUUCCAAUUUCAUGACCACAAACAUACCCUGGACAUCAUAUA